CUUAACCUAACAUUUUUAUUUAUUUAUAGAUAAAAUGUAUUUACUUCUGCUGAUAACUUUAUUUUUACCGAAAACCACAGCGAGUGAAGAUUGUGGUAACGCUGUCCAUUUUGUCAACGUUUCCACUGUGUAUUCCAGCAAGACAUCCAGCUGCACCACUGCUCAAAAUCAAAUUAUUUGCUCCAGUUUUGUAAGUGCUAUUAAGCUGCAUGCCAAAAAUCAAACUUGUUUGCGUAUUUUGGAUGAUCAAGUUUUACUACAUGAGUCUAUAGUUAUAUCGCAGAUUCAUGACUUUCAUAUUGUCAAUUGCUUUAAACUACAAACAGUCAAUAUAACGUGCAGCACAAAGAACCAAUCUGGCCUUUCUUUCGUUAAUGCAAGAAAUGUGUUUAUAUCAGAUGUGUUGUUUAAGCAAUGUGGCGUAAAGCAGAGCUCUACAAGUUACCCAGCUUCUUCCACCCAUCAAAACGUUACGCCGCCAAUAUCAACAGCAUUGUAUUUCAAAAAAGUUAAAAACAUUAAUUUUCACAACGUUCAAUUUCUACAAAGUUUUGGCUAUGGCGUUGUGAUGUAUGAUGUUAGUGGAUUGAUUAGCUUUCAAACAGUCACCAUAACCAACGGGCAAAUAGUACCCUAUUGUCUUGAUGGUAUUCGGAAAGAAGGUUAUUUUUCUGGAGGGGGGAUAUACAUUGAGUACACAAGCAACGCUUCACAUGCAGAUUCAUCCAAUGCGAUCAUUAAGUUACACAAAUGUUACUUUUUUUCCAAUCAAGCCGACAAUGUGAGUGCUACACCUAUAGGUGAAGGUUUAGCCGAAGGACAUGUUCCUUUUGGAAGAGGAGCUGGUUUAACAGUGUUUUUCAUGGGACAAUCUAAGAAUAACUCUCUCACAGUAAGCAAUUCAUCAUUUUCAAGUAACAAUGGAGCCUGGGGCGGAGCGGUUUAUGUGCGAUUUCGACACAAAGCUUCAAAUAAUAAUGUUACCAUUAGUAAUGUAAAUUUUAGUUUAAAUAACGCUGCCUAUGCUGGGGGUGCGAUUAUUGUCACUAGUACGCAACUUUCAGCUGAGCCCUACAAUAAUACAAUCACGAUAAAAGAUAGUGAAUUUCUACGAAAUAUUGCGAAGGUUGGCGGAGCCUACAGUCAACAACGCAUCAAUCUUGACUUUAGAAAAGAGGAGAAGACAUUAUUCAUGAAUUGUAACUUUGUCAAAAACAAAGCUAGCAUGGGAGCUAGCAUUCAACUCAAACAUGUUCAAGUCAGAUUUGUAAACGUUAAUAUAAUGGACAGUAAUUCACGUGCGCAAGACGCCUUAAAAUUUAGACAUGGUGGUGUGUAUGCGUUUGAGAGCUCCUUGCAUUUUUCCGGACGAAACCAGAUACGUGGCAAUCGAGGUACAGCAUUAAUACUGGACUGCUCUGAUGUUUAUGUCAAAGAUUACGUGUUAUUUUCCAAGAACAGUGGUAAUAAUGGCGGCGCAUUAUCUUUAUUUGGACAUUCAAAGAUUUAUUUGUACAAUUCAACCAGACUGAUGUUUUCUAAAAAUACUGCCCUAAACAAUGGUGGAGCUAUUAAUGUCAAUAUACCAGGACCUGCGGCUGAGGCAGCCAACGAAACAAAGUCGAAAAUCUACGAGUGUUUUUUUCUGUUUCAUGGUUCAAACAAGUUGGAAUCUCCUCACACGUUUCAAGGCAAUGUUACUUUUUUGGAUAACCAUGCACUUGGAAGUGGUAGUGGAGACUCGAUAUUCGCGACAACUCUAAAGGAUUGCAAAUCAGUUACCGAUGAUACCAUCCACGAUGUUAUUUUUAAAUGGAAUAACUUUGCUGUUCCUUCUGGAAGCAUCGCUACGCUGGCUGUAAAGAUACAUUUAAAUAAAACCCAAUGGCAUGUGUCGCCUGGAACAUUGUUUUCACCAACUAUUGCGUUGCAUGAUGAAUUUGGCAAUCCCGUGAAUGAUACGGUUGAUGUUAGAAUAACAAACCCUAACACUUGUAUUAGAAUUGAAACGAACAAACGCUUUGUGGUAACAAGGAGUAAAAUAACUUUGAGAUUUUUAUCCUGUAGUGAGGAGUAUAAAAGGCUGGGAAAUUCUAAAAUUAAUAUACAAAUUUCUUCUGUGAAUCAAAUCUCAACUUCUACAACUAUUCACAAUGUAUCAUUAAAGUCCUGUUACUUUGGAUACUCCUUCCAAGGUUCUCAGUGUCACUGCAAUAUUAAGAAAAACCAGGCUAAAGGGAUUGCGUUUUGUUUAAAUCACAACACCUAUCUUUUUAAAGGUAGAUGGGCAGAUCCAAAAAUCGGAACAAAUCGGGACCGUGAAGAGACGCAAGUGUGCCCUGCAGGAUAUUGCAGGCCAUGUGCUUCCCCUUAUAACAAUUACGCGUGUUUGUAUCGCCCUGAAAAAAACGAACAAUGUAACACUGGCCGAGAUCAAACGUCGCUCCUUUGCAGCAAAUGUAAGGAAGAUUUUAGUGUAUCUCUUGGAGGCGAAGCCUGUUUAUAUUGUAAAGGGGGGCAACGAUAUAAUGCUAUAUGGUAUAUUAUUGUUAUUAUCAUUGUUAUUUCUGCGUUCAUUUUAUUCGUCAUAUGGCUUAACGUAGACAUUUAUUCAAAUUACUUGAAUGGGUGUUUGUAUUAUUAUCAAGUUAUUUCUUUGCUGAAGACAUCGAGCCUACAACUGGAGGACCCAAUCAAAAGUUUCAUUGGUAUUUUAAACAUAGAAAGCCCCGGAUCGGUGUUUUCUGGUAAAUGCUUGUUUGAUGGCUUGAACGACUUGCAAAAAAACGCUUUUAAUUAUAUAAUUCCUGUGUGGAUGAUUCUAUUUCUCAUUAUCAUUGGCAAAUACGCUAAACAUCACCCUGAUAGUUAUUUUUCCCGCCAAAACUGUUUCCGUGCAUUCACUAUUAUUAGUGUUACCGCCUAUUCUGAUUUUACUCGAAUUACUUUCAAGUUACUCGAAUAUGUCGAAAUCAACGAGGAGAAGCGAGUGCAAGUUUAUGCUGCUUUAAAGUGGAACGAAGGAGAACAUAAAGUUUAUGUGAUAUUUGGAUUUAUCGCCAUUAUUGUUGUUGUGAUUGGUGGACCCAUGAUCUUAAUUUUUUCCUCAUGGUUGAGUGGUUUGCAUUGUCGUUAUUUUGUAAAUCCGUUUGUGCGUUAUAAACCAAUCAUCGACUGUUUUAAAAUGUGUUUCAAACAUAAACACACCUGGUUUGCAUCAUAUUACUUCUUGUGUAGGACAACACUACUUAGCAUUGGUACGUUCGUACCCAAAUCUCCGUUUCAAAACGUUAUCAUGGCGGCAAGUUGUUUUGUUAUUUUUGUCUUCUUCGCCAUGAACUUACCUUACAGAUACAAAUGGAUGAAUUGGUAUGACAUCAUGAUUCUGGUCAACCUCACUACCGUGUCGAUUUUAGCUCUGGGUAUGCGAAGUUCGCGAACAGACCUGCUAAGGAAUGUCUGUGGUCAGUUGACAAGAGUGUUGAUGUACAUUCCUAUAGUGAUCGUGCUUGGCCGACUGAUUUACGUGUAUGGUGCAAAGUUUUAUCACUUCUGCAAAGAUAAAUAUAUUUCACUUAAAAAUAAUAAAAAGAAUGUGGAAAUUCCAAAAAGAUUAUUGCAGAAAGAGAACGAAAUGGAAGAAAAUUUCUAACAAAACUCACUAUGCUCGUGUAAUUUUGACUCCAACCUUAAAAGAAAAGGUUGGGGAUAUAUACAAGUUUAUAUUUAGGAGUUUUUGUAUGUUCAUGUAGAUAUAUUUAAUUAUUUUAGAUGAUUUGUAGAUUAGUGUAAUGUGUAUUAUAUAUGAAAUUAUAAGAUAUUCUGUUAUUACAAGCUCGUGAGCUUGUAUUAAAACGCAAAUGUGUCCUACAAGAAUGGAAAUUUUUGCCUCUUUGAGCACCGACACGGGAGUAGUCGUGUGUUCGAAUCUCAUCUUGGUAACUAUUUUUACUUUUUUUUUCUUUUUACUAUCUCGCCCGCGAGGACGUGUUUACAGACUGACCUAACGAAAAUUGAAAUUUCGAGAAAUUUUCUAUCAAUAUUAUUGCCUAUCCGAAUAGCAAAAUAUGUCGUGUCUAACUUAAGCUUUUUAUACACUUUUUUGACGAGGUUGUUUGCGUAUAUCAUACGUCUUGUUAAUCUUUAGCUCAAAGUUUGCGGUUAACAUGUUCCAUUCGUCUCUUAGUAGAUUUGCAUUUUAACUGCUAUGAAGUGGAUCUUUAUGGUUUGUUUGUUUGUUUGUUUGUUUUCGAAUUAUCCUAGAAAUGAGGUCGACAUUUUCUUAAUUUUUUUUCUUUCCUACCUUCAUACCUGUGUAGUUAUCUGUACAUAUCUGCUUUACUAGUUUUUUUUUCUACCAUUCAUAAAACACAGAACGAACAAUCGCGCCGGAUUUUCAUUAGAAAGGGUUAGAUAAACUUUAUUAUCGUGGGAAGAUCAAGCCUCAUGAUUUUCUUCAGCUUUCUUAUCAUCCAUUGGAUCUUCAUUUUUUUAAAAUUUUGUGUCUAUGUUUACCUGACUAUUUUAAAUUUUUAUUUUUAUAGCAUAUUUUAUGAAACCUUGUAAAAUAUUUUAUGCAUUGUAUUAUAUUUUAAAAACUGACAAUGAUUUGCAAAAUGUUCUCUUGGUAAUGUAAUUGUAGAGAGGGAGGGUUGAAAGAAGGACGAAGGGUUGGAUGUUGGAUGUUUUUAUUUUGUUAGAAAGUUAUGUUAUUUCUUUGACUUUCGUUGUUUGUGAUGCUGUUAAAACUUUCAUUGAAAAUUAUUUUUAACCUGAAUAAUUUGGGGGAGGGAUAGUCACGGUAAAUUAAAAUAGGUGGUAAAUUUGGUGUUUCAACCACCCCACUUCUACCUGAAAUUACGUUGCCAAAAAUACUUCAGCUUUAAAAACAUUUCAUAUUUUUACCAUAAACUAAAACUUUAACCGAAAAUCCAAUUUUUUAUCUACAAUUAUAAUUUUAAGCAAUUUUUUUUUUGUAAAAUAAUUUUGAUUGGCAAAAAUUGUAAUACUUCUAAUUUUAAAGAAAUUAUUUUUGUCGCGUGUUUGUUAAUCUUGUGAUGUGUUUGUAACAAAUAUUUAAAUAAUUAUCCAGGUUAGAGUACAGGUGACAGUAGAUACUCGCCGCGGGAAAGGCGGAAUAUUUUUUAAGUAUUUCACCCAAAGCACUUUAACGUCACAUAUUCCGAAAUAUUGCUUUCUCAAAAUGGUAACCCGGAUAACACGCCAGGCGAAUGAUGAAAAGGCUUGAUCACAAAAUGUUAUUCCCUCAAAAUAUAUUGAAAUCUUACUUUUCACAAAAGUUAAUUUUUAAGAAUUUUAGAGACAAAAAUUUAAAACCAUGUGUUUUUUUUAUCGUCGAUGCCAUUUUAUAUUUACACGCUAUUUCAAGACCUCCUUUAAUAUAAAAACAAGACGUAUGAUAUACGCAAACAACCUCGCGAAUAAAGUUUACAAAAAGCUGUCUAUCAAAUUGGGAUUUUUGUUACGAAGUUAGACACGACAUAUUUUACUAUUCAGAUACGCAAUAAUAUUUGUUACCCACUUAUUUUUCAAAAUUGAUUUGUGAGACCUUCUUGAACGGAAAAUUCCUCGAACUUUUAAUUUUCGAUGGGUCCGUCUUGGGUGAACCGACUGACAGGAAGAAGAAAGACCACAAACCCACAAACCCCAAAAUUUGCGAAAUUCAUUAAUUCAGUUAAUUCUGCCUACAUUCACUUUUAAAAAGUUUGGUGGAAACACCUUUAUUUACUAGUUAGUUAAACAAGUGUUUUGAACACUUGUCUUAUCUUUUUAAAAAAGAAAAAAGAAAAAAAAAGUAAAAAUAGUUACCAAGAUGAGAUUCGAACACACGACGACUCCCGUGUCGGUGCUCAGAGAGGCAAAAAUUUCCAUUCUUGUAGGGACACAUUUGCGUUUU